UAAAUGAAUUUCAUUUGUCACAUGUCCAUAAGGUUUUGAUUUGUUCAGGCGCUGUAUUUGUUGUUGUUUGAAAAUUUUAUCAGUUAGUUGUGUUUUGUAUUAAUUUGGCGUUGCACUUGUUUAAAGAACCACAGUAUGCGCUAGAGUCAGAUAAGAUAUAAUCUUUUUUCGGGGAAAAGGCCGAAACAUGUUUAAUCCGGGGUCUAUACGGAAAAUCCAAGUGAAAAACUUUGUAACCUAUAGUUAUAUGGAAAUGUUUCCAGGGCCUAAUUUGAACAUGAUUAUAGGCCCCAAUGGAACAGGAAAAUCUACGAUCGUUGCUGCUAUUAUUCUAGGCCUAGGGGGCCAGCCCAAAACAGUGGGUAGAGGUACUAAGAUAUCAGAAUAUGUAAAACACAAUUGUAACACGGCAGAGAUUAACAUCCAACUACAAGGAUCGACAGAAAAUUCCUUUAUUAAAGUUACCAGACAAUUCGACAUUCAUGAUAAAUCUCAAUGGAAAUUAGAUGGAAACGUUUGCUCAUUUGGCAAUAUUCAAGAUUGUAUUAAAUAUUUUAAUAUACAGGUUGAUAAUUUAUGCCAAUUUUUGCCUCAAGACCGCGUCGCGGAUUUUGCCAAACUAAACAAGAAGGAGUUAUUAAGAGAAACCCAGAUUGCUUUAUGUAGAGAUGAUUUGUUGGAAAAGCAACAAUCUUUAAUUGAAGCCAGAGCAAAGCACAGAUCUUUGUUAGAACAACUUAAUAAACACACGCAAAAUUUGCAAGAAUCGCACGAUGCCAAUUGCAGAUUAGAAGGAAAAGUUAAAAAUUUCAAUGAAAUGAAAAAGUACAAAGAAAUGAUUGCUGAUAUUGAUCGACAAAUCGCCUGGAUUGAAUAUGAGGACAAACGUGAUAAACUUACUGAAAUUAAGAAAGAUAAACAAUCGGCACAAGCAAUAUAUGACAAAUACAGACAAGAAAUGAAACCUUUGGAAAAAGAGAUUCAUGCCCAUAGAGCAUCUUUGAACGACUUCCAACAAAAAAACUCAAAAAUAACACAAAAUAUUCGAAAUAAAGAAGGCCUUAUCAAUACCACUAUUGAGAAAAUGGAAGCUCUUAUGUCGAAAGUAAGGCAUUUUGAGGAUGAAAUGAAUACGAAAUUAGCAGAGUGCGAACAAUGGGACAAACAAAUUCAGGAAGCAACCGUCAAAUUAGAAGACAGCAAAAAAGUGUAUAGAACCCUUUUAAAGAAAGUGAACCAAGACGAACAUGAGUCGCAAGAGAUUUUCAAACAUAUUACAAGAUGCACUGAUCGGAAAAGGCAGUUGCAAGACCAAAGAGAUUUGAUUGAACAAGACCGCCUAGCAAAGAAAGCAAGCAUUAAAGCAUUGCAAUACGAGCAAAGCAAAAUUGAAAACGUUAAACAAAUUAGAUUUGAGCAAUUAAGGAAAUUAAACAAAGAUGCCUACUCGGCAGUUUUAUGGCUACGAGAAAAUAAAGAUAAGUUUAAAGGUGAAAUUUUUGAGCCAAUAAUGCUUGAACUAAACGUGCUGGAUAAGUCCAAGUCAAAAUAUGUAGAAUCCUUGGUGCCUUUCAGAGAUCGAUUAGCGUUUACGUGCACGGAUAAAUAUGACAUGAACUUGUUCAUUGGUUACAUCAGGAAACAGCAAGGUUUGUCAGUAAACGUUCUACAUUCAGGACCUGCCUCUACAGACUACAAGAAACCAAAGAUUCCAAUUGAGCAUCUCAGAAAAUUCGGAUUUGGUGCUUAUGUUAAUUUCUUGUUUACUGCUCCUGAACCGAUUAUGAGAUAUUUGUGCCAAACAUAUAAGUUGCAUAACAUUCCUAUCGGAGAUAGCAGCACAAAUGACUGUUAUGGAAGCGUGCCAGAUCAAUUGCCGGUAUUUUUUAGUGACCGUUCCAGAUUUUCCAUAAACUAUUCCAAGUAUUCCCGCGAAAAAAGCACUAGGCAAGAUCUUAUUAGAGGUGAUGGAGGGUUAUCUUUAUCCCUAGAUAGCAUUGCUUUAGAAAAUAUAAAAGGUAAAUUGCAAUAGUACGGAAAAUACAGAAUUAAUUUAAAUUAUCCUC